GAUGUGACCCUUUAACAUAACAUUACACGACAUUACAUUUGUAUAGAUUUGACCUGCUUUUAUGAUUGAAGAUAAGGGCGUCCAAGGGAAGAAAAAUGGCCGAGGACUCGUAUUUUUGCCGUUACGUUGGGCUGUUAUUGGGAAUUGUAUUGCUGCUCAAUACAUGUGCUGAUGGAUUUUUAUUGGAUGGCAAGCCACCACGUCGGUAUGUUUGUAAUUUUGAACACACUACGUGCGGAUACAACAACAGUGUCCCGGCACAUGGUAUGGAGUGGUCCCGACUUAAUGUAGCUCUUGGACAUACUUUCCUUCAUUCUGACGACACCUACCACACGCACCGUAAAGGUUAUGUGAUGUUUGCUAACGGAAAUGCAAGUACCCACGCAGGCGACCGUGUUAGGCUCCAGUCAAAACCUAUGAGUUUUCCACAGGGAACACCUUUGGCAAUCAGCUUUGCCUAUAUUUUCUCCGAGGCACACACGAAUGCUGUGACAUUAUCCGUUUAUAUAGGAACGCAUUCAACUAGGGCAAGGUGGAUCACAUCAGGUCAUUCACCUUCUCAUGGAACUGUUUCGCCUUACUGGCAUCGCGGAUGCAUAACUACUACAGCUCACGACAACGCCACUGUUGUUAUUUUUGAGGCAAAGAUUUCACAUUCUAGUAAUAAUGGAGACCUUGCCAUUGAUGAUGUUAUGGUAGAAGAAGGAAAUGUAUGUCAUCAUUCGAGUCAGAUGUUCACGACAUCACCUUUUCACAUGACUUCAUCACAUCACGUGACAUCAACUGCGCCACCUAGGACUAACGCUUCCUCAGUAAGCUGCAAUUUUGACUUGCCCGAUAUAUGUGGUUACCAUAACAGGCAAUAUCCCGGCAGUGACAACUUCGACUGGUUGAGACACCAGAUGAAAACUCUGUCUCAGGGCACUGGCCCAAAUAUGGAUCAUACAUCGGGAAAAGGCUACUACAUGUACAUAGAGACUUCUUCUCCAAGACACUCCGGCGAAAUUGCCAGGAUUGAGUCUCCGGCAUUCACUGCCGACGGACAUCAGCGAUUGACAUUUUGGUACAAUGCUUACGGCACUGGAAUAGGAGAUCUGAAAGUUUAUCUCGAAACCAAAGGGGUUCUUGGUUCUCCAGUUUUUGUAGAGUCCAAAGGAACACAGUCGUCCGUUUGGCAACGAGCUUGUGUGCAAAUCACUAAAGCGUCGUCAGAUGUCAAGGUCGUCUUCGAGGGCGUGGUUGGCAGAGAUUACCAUGGUGAUAUUGCGAUAGAUGACGUCAAGUUAGAACAUGGUGACUGCCAAAGCGGUGUUCAGACUACCGUUCCAACUGUUACUCUAAAUAUAGUAUUAGGUCACUGGCUAUCCUGGGGCUCAUGGAGCUCGUGCUCAAGCACGUGCGGUCACAGUACAAAACAACGCACGAGAAAAUGUUCGAGUAACACGUGCGACGGAGGAAACAUUCAGAUACUGCAGUGUCACACAUCAGCAUGCGCGACGAACGGAGGUUGGUCACACUGGACCACGUGGUCCAAGUGUUCGACAUCAUGUGACAUCGGAACGAUAUCACGUGUUCGGUCAUGUACCAAUCCUGCACCUACUUCCGGUGGCGCGCAGUGCGUGGGGAACAGGACAGACACGCACGAAUGCUCCACGGGACCUUGCCCGACUUGGUCGCACUGGUAUGAUGGUCAGUGUAGUUCUUCCUGCGGAAACGGAACUAUGGAGCGCAUGCGCACUUGCAGCACAGGAACCAGCUCCGAUUGUUCAGGCAGCGCACAAGAAAUUAUUCCUUGUACUGGCACUGAAUGCAUCUGAAACUAUUUCAAAUAGAAAACAAAAAAUAAAACUUGUUUGUGUUAUAACUUGUCA